AUGGACCCCCGGUGCAUGAGAACCGCGGUGUCUGCAAAACGCGGUCAACGGAGGUCUGCGAGGAACUGGAACCCAAGCUGGAACAUCAGAGGAUGUGAAAGUUACAAAGCGUCCAGGGGUUCCCAGAAGAAAGACCUUUCUUCCACCCUGAAAAGCAAACCCGAGAACAAGAGGUUCUGUUUGAGUUUGGCCUUGACAGACGGAGGGGAUGCGCCGCCGAGGGCGCUGAUUGGCGGAAGGGGUGGUGGGGGCGGAGCCACAGCGAGCGCGUACGCGGAAGGAGGGGGCGGGGAGAAGAAGCGAGAGCCUGGGGCAGUGGGGCGCUGGGCGCUGAUUGGUGGCAGUGGAGGGGAACGAGGAGGUGGGCGAGGCCGGGCGUGGCGGCGGGUUCUGAUUGGUGGUAGUGAUGGGGGGCGGGGCAAGGAGGGGCUGUCCGGGGCUCGUUCUCCCGGGCCGGAGGAGGAGGAGGAGGAGGAGGAGGAGGAGGAGGAGGAGGAGGAGGAGGAGGAGGAGGAGGAGGGGGAGGGGAGAGCCCGGGGCGGCAGGCUCUGA